CUCCCAACGAAGUAUAGGAGGUACCUGUACCUCGAUACCCGUGGAUAUGUACAUAAACGCUAGGUGACGCCGGAGGCCAUCGCAAGCUUUCCCCUCCACGUAGGCGUCCACGAUCUUGAGCUGACAACUAAAGAACCUACUCCUUGCAUUAGACUACCUGCAUGCCUCCCCCCCCGACCGAGCGACAGAGAGGUAGAUAAUGUUCAACGCUCUGAACCGCUACCUGUCCCGCCUCGACGGCGACGCACGGCCGCAGCAGCGGGACGGCCCCGGACACGGCUUUCAGGUCCUGCGCAAUACGAACCUCGAGCUCGGCGUCGAGCCCUGGUUCGACUUCGUCGUCGGCAUCAAUGGGCGCGUCAUUGACAACCCAGACCCGCGACUCUUCGCACAGGAGGUGCGCAAUUGCGCCGGCGGGAGCGUCGCCCUAGGAAUUUGGAGCGCAAAGGGCCAGCGAACGCGGCUGAUACGCGUGGCGGUGCCGGCGGACACACGGUCGCUGGGGCUAUCGCUGCAGUGGACGACGCUGGGCGUCGCGUCGAACGUGUGGCAUGUGCUGGACGUGGCGGCGAACUCGCCGGCGGACCGCGCGGGGCUGCUGCCGUACAGCGACUACAUACUGGGCACCCCGGACGGCACGCUGCACGGCGAGGCCGGCCUUGGCGAGCUCGUCGACGACUACAUCGGCCGCCCCCUCAAGCUCUGGGUCUACAACCACGAGUACGACGUCACCCGCGAGGUCGAGAUCGUCCCCAGCCGCGACUGGGGCGGCGAGGGGGCCCUCGGCUGCGUCCUCGGCUACGGCGCCCUCCACCGCCUUCCCCCGCCCCUCAGCGAGCCCGUCCACGCCCCCGGCGAGACCAUGUUCGACGGUGGGGACGCCCUCGGCGCCUCACCCGAUCACUUCACCACUGUCGCUCCCCAAUCCCCCAGCGACCCUUCCCACAUGUUCGUCCCCGCUGAGGCGGCUAGCAGCGCCGCUCGAUCCGGGUCCCCGUUCCUUGUCCCCGCGCAGAUGGUCAACACCCCCCCUCCACCGACCGGCGCGCCGGCGCGCAGCAGGAAGAAAGAUAGGCACGGCCACACCCCUAACAGGCUCAUGGACGAUUACUUGGCGGAAGAGGAGAAGAAGAGCAGGGAGCUAGACGGGAAUAUAACCACUGCCAAGACGCCACCGCCGCCUCCCCCUAAGGCUACCGGCGGUCCUCCGAAGGCACCACCAUCAGGGCCGCCCCCCCCGAAGGCUCAGGAGCAGAAAGCUGUCAGCGAUGAGGAGGAUGACGACGACGACGACGAAGAGGACGAAGUAGACUAGUUGGAGUUCAUCACAUUGGAGAGGGCAUAGAUUUUACGUCAAUAUACCACCGG